AGCCUGUAUUGACAUCGGCCAGCGCGUUGUGCUCUUCGGCCUCAACUUCACCGGCACGGCGGGGCUAGGACCUCGGGGUUUCGGUGCUGAUGUCACCGGCCGCGGGGUUCGAUGAACUCUCGAGUCAAAACGGAAGCCGAAGCCAUGAGCCGAUCCCCGGGGGCCGUGGAUUAUGUUGAGCAUCGUUUACUCCCCUUUGGCGGGACCCUGCAGGAGAAGCCGCUGGUGUAAAGCCCGGAGAGUAGUUCUGGCUGAUUUAAACCUUGUGUGUCCCUAGAAAUCGAGCACAUAUAUUUGCACCCUUUGCUCAAAAUAUGAAGAUGGCUCAACUCAAAAUCACGUCUUUGCGCUUCGAGCACCAUCCCACCGGACUAGGUGUCUCUUCUCCUACCCCCCGUGUCUCAUGGCGCGUCGAGUCCGACCCUAUAGCAAAGAAUUGGCAGCAGACAUCGUACGAUAUCAAAAUCUCACGUGGUUCUGCGCCGGCCCAGGAAUUCCACAUUGAGGGCGCCUCGACAAUACUCGUGCCAUGGCCCGACACUCCUUUGGCAACAGGCGAAAGGGCAAUAGUCGUCGUUAAGUCUCACGGGACCUCAGAAAACGCCCAAUUGGACUCUGAAUGGUCCUCGGAGGCGAUCGUAGAGACCGCUCUGCUCUCCCGCGAUGACUGGAAAGCUACGCCCAUCACCGCGGCCCCGCGUAUUGCCUCGCAUCCACAUGAGAGAGGAAUCCGGCCGGUACGAUUCCGCAAAGUAUUUGACUGCCCCGAUGUGAAAGGCGGUGGUAAUACCAAACUCUACAUCACUGCGCUAGGCUUAUACGAAGCGUACCUGAACGGCCACCGCAUCGGAGACGAGUGGCUCGCCCCCGGCUGGACUGCUUACCAACAUCGUAUUCAGUACCAGGUCUUCGAUGUAGCGCAUCUCUUGAAGCCUGGUCAACGAAACGUUCUCACAGUGGAAGUCAGCGAAGGGUGGUAUGCGGGCCGAAUUCUUUGGGGCGAGGGCUUAACCUGCCUAUAUGGCGACUGCAUUGGUGUGCUAGCUCAGCUCGAGAUCCGCGACGACGAUACAACAGGGCCAGCUUUGAAGCUUGUGACCGACGAUUCAUGGGAGUGCAGGUCCUCACCAAUCGUCGGAAGCGACAUCUACGACGGCGAGACGUACGAUCUCGGCCUCGAAGUUGAAGACUGGCAUCACGACGACCACAGCGAAUGGACUCCCGUCGAGAUGCUACCGUUUCCGAAAUCCACACUCACAGCGGCAUCCUCUCCACCAGUCCGCACCACGGAGACCGUCAAACCCAUCAAAGUCUUCAAAGACAUCAAAGGCAAGACACUUGUCGACUUUGGCCAGAAUCUCGUCGGAAAACUCGUCAUCCCAAAGCUCGUGAAGCCAGACGGUCACCGCCUCACCAUCCGCCACGCAGAGGUCCUCGAAAACGGCCAACUCGGAACUCGUCCUCUCCGCGCAGCAAAGGCAACUGAUUCGAUCAUCUUCGGCGGCGGUCGAGUCCUAGAGAACUGGUCUCCUCACUUCACCUACCAUGGCUUCCGCUACGUCGAGCUGGACGGCUGGGACGACGUGACGCUAGACUCACUCUCCGCCGUCGUCAUGCACACUGAUAUGCAGCGGACAGGCUUCUUCUCCUGCUCCAACGACGACGUCAACGCGCUGCACCGCAACGUCAUCUGGAGCAUGCGCGGGAACUUCGUCUCUAUCCCCACGGAUUGUCCGCAGCGCGAUGAGCGGCUGGGCUGGACGGGCGAUAUCCAAAUUUUCAGCCCGACGGCCUCCUUCCUGUACGAUUGUGCGGGCAUGCUGAGUAACUGGAUGCGAGACGUUCUCCUGGACCAAAAGGAUGCAGGCGGCAUCGUCCCGCUCGUGGUGCCUAAUGUCAUGAAGGACGGGCCGUGGCCAUCGGUGCCGCAGGCUGUGUGGGAUGACGUUGUUGUACUAGUGCCUUGGACUUUGUAUAAGUGGUUUGGUGACGCGGGCGUCUUGCAAGAGACAUACCCUGGUAUGAGAGACUACCUCAAGUCCAUUAAGCGGGGAGACGACGGAUUAUGGGAUCCUUCGCUCUGGCAAUUGGGCGACUGGCUUGAUCCCAACGCACCGCCCGCCGAGCCAGGUCUAGCUAGGACGGACGGCACCCUCGUCGCGGACGCAUAUCUGGUUCACGUCACAGGCAUCGUAUCCCAGAUCGCCAGCAUUAUCGGCCUCCCCACCGACGCUACUGAACUCGCCAGCCAGCAUAAGCGUUUAAAACAGCUCUUCCAAGAUAAGUAUACUACCAAAGCGGGCUUCAUCGUCGCAGAUUCCCAGACGGCGCUGGCUCUGGCCCUACUCUUCGACUUACACGACACCAUCGCCCAACGCGAAGCCGCAGCCGCAAGACUCGCGCGACUUGUGCAGUAUUCCAAGUUCAGAGUCUCCACAGGCUUCGCCGGCACGCCCGUGAUCCUUCAUGCGCUGUCAGAGACGGGAUACGUCCAGCACGCAUACCGCAUGCUGCUCGAAACGGGGUGUCCCUCAUGGCUGUAUCCCAUUCGCAUGGGUGCCACCACUGUCUGGGAGAGGUGGGAUAGCAUGCUAGAGGACGGAACGAUCAACCCAGGAGAGAUGACGAGCUUCAACCACUACGCGCUCGGCAGCGUCGCGAACUGGAUGCAUGCCGGUAUUGGGGGGCUGUCGCCGCUCGAGGCUGGGUGGACGAGGUUCCGGGUACGGCCUCGGCCCGGAGGAGACCUACGGCACGCGACCGUCGAGUACCUGAGCCCGCACGGCUUGGUUCGGAGUCGAUGGGAGGUUGGGGCGGAUGGGAAGUUUGUUUUGGACCUGACAGUGCCAUUGAACACUACUGCCGUGGUUUCUUUGCCUGAUGGUGGGGAGGAGAUGACGGUUGGCUCAGGGAAUUGUAUGUUUGAGAGCCAUCUUGCUCCGGGAUUGAGGGAGGCGUGGCCGCCCAAAGCUUUGUUGACGCAGUUUGGGCUGUGACGUGGUUUGAAAUGACAACGUUGACUUGAAGUGCCUCUGAUGGGAGUCCCAGUAGAUUUGCAAUUCGCAACGCGAAUGUCGACAUGCUUAAGUCUUAAGCUUGCAAUACUGUAAGACGGGCUGCUAGUUAGCCCGCGUAUUACUUGAAUAUUUCGUAACUAAACGAAAUUCACAGUAACCACCAUUACAAGACAAUUUUAUUGCCAC